CGAGGGCGCCGCAAGAGUCGCCAUGUCGUUCUUCACGCCGCCGCUCAAGCAGAAAUCGGCUGAAUUGCUUGGACAAAAUGCGAUCGCGUUUACGUUGAGUCAAGGCAAGAAGAAGCGAUCGGCGAAGCAACUUAACAUGACCGACGAUGAAGUCGACGAUGUCACGUCUGAAAACAAUCCGAAGGCGUUUAACGCGAUUCAUUCACUUGCUCACAUUCAAGAAGACAGCUCAAGUGGGAGCGACAGCGAAUGCGAGGUCUUCUUCGAAUCCAAGCCACCCAAAGCGGAAGCAGUUCCAGAACAAACCUCCAACAGUUUUGCAUUGGACUUUCAGGUAUCUUCGGUGGCUAUCGAUCGAGCGGGACGUUUCGUGGUGGCAGGGUUCAAUAAUGGCACCAUCCGACUGUACCCGCUGCGUGGUUCUGCCGCCCCCGUCGUUAUAGGGUCGCUCGAGACGGAGGACACGGCGUCUCUCGAUGAGAACAAACUCGUGUUCCGAAAGGGUGUUGUUUUGGAACACAUUUCAGCGCGAGGCAUGUACACUCAACUUCGGGUGAAUGUGGUCAUUCCUGAUGACGGGCGCUUCAUCUUUGCCGGCGUGUAUCGCGGGUCCACGGAAAUCCUCGUGAUUGAAAUCGAAUCGAUCCGACUGCCGACCGACGCCGUCGGCGUCCCGACAGCCGAAGUCAACACUCACUCGUAUAGCGACGCGAAACUUCGUGGAUUCGGGGCUGUCCGGGCCAUGCCAGGAAGCAACUCGUCCACUGUCACGACGGAAUAUCAAGUGUUGUGCGGCCUCGGCAUCAAGAACUUGCACUUGUGGCGAUUUUACUGGGAUCCUAUGAGUGACGACGAAGAGUCCAAGUGGACGUGGCAAUGCAUUUUUGAUCGUCAAACGAACGGUAUUUCGCUCGAGUAUUUGGCUUUUGGGUCGGCACCGAACCAGAUCAUUUCCAAGUCGGAGCAUCAAACAGUUCGCGUGUGGACUAUCGACGAGACGUCGGACGCCAUGACAUUUGAUUUCAACGAUAUCAAGCAGACGCAGGACACGGUGCAAGUGUGUGGCGAGUAUGCGUUUGGUGGCCAAGAGCGGUUGGCCUUGGUGAAUCUCGACUCCGCCCAACGAAUUGAAUUGGACCUUCCGUCGUCCGUCGUCCCAACAGCACGGCCCACCCUGAACAACCGAAAACGUCAGCUGCGCACGGUCACCCUCUUGGCUGGGAUUCCCCACGGAAUCACUCUCGGCGUGUGCUCGGAUGGAAGUGUGUUCGCGCACGACAUGGCGAGUGAAACUGGUCUUGGUAUCCAUUCCCCGCCAGCUCCUGUGACUGGCUACGACGCGUUCUACCAAGAUCAAGCGUCCCUCUUGAGCUUGCUGCCAUGCAACGGAGAUGACAGCAGUAGCGAGAAGGAAUGGAUGGUUGUUAUGGCCAACUCGACCCAACUGCAAGUGCUCUCACUCAACGAAUUCCUCCACUUGCCGCCCACUACCAAAGUCGUGACCCGUCCACUACCUUAUAAGCAAACUCGAAAACCCACCAAGAAGAGGUCAGCAGUGGUCGCAGAGCCUAUCACGCUGAAACGCAGCUUGGACUAUCAAGUUGAGAUGAAAAAGACAAAAAAGUCGUCGUUGAAGAACAAACAGGGAACGUCGUUCACUCCCCAGUGGAGUUACGACGUUGACACGUCCACGACGUCGCUGGUGCCGUCCAAAAAACGCAAGGAGAUGCCGUCGCUCGUCGUAUGUACUCCCAAGAAGCGCAAAGACACUGUCGAAGUUGUCGUGGAAAAAGCUAAUUGCAAGUCGACUCUCGAUCCGGUCGUGGUAAAAGCUCCUUCCGUUGUGCAAGUCACCCUUCCAGGUCACACUGACCAAGUCCAAGCAGAAUCCCCCAUGUCGCCAGAGAAAAAUCCUCGAUGUGCAUCUGUCGAGUCAAUCGUUGUCGACACCAAUUUGUAUCGGACGCCCGAACCAAAAAAGGUCAAUGUCCGAGAAGUAUUGUCCCCAGUCGUGUCAAUAUCGCCGUCGUCGUCCCCUUGCACGACUCACACACCCCAGCAACCGUCAAGUCCGCCUGCGAAGGAAUGGUCGCCGUUUGUCAUUCCCAAAAAGACCAAAGCCCCCGCGUUUGUGCUUGAUGUGCCGCCGCCGGUCAUUUCCGUGACUCAACCAUGUCCAACCCAACCGCAAGUAGAGGAGGCUAUUGCUGUUUCGACAAUCGCCUCUGGUACACCUGCAGCAGAAGUCGAAUCAGCUCAAGAGCGAACAAAUGCUUGUGAUGAGACCCCUUGCAUGGUAUCCAAGGUGCCCCGAAAGUUGGAUAUCAACGAAGCCGACUUUUUGUCUGCUAAAGAGCCAUCGGACUUUCACGAUGGAACAGCAACACUGAACAAGUUCGGUGGUGGUCAUGGUCUUGCUUUGCUAAUGCAAGUGAGCUGUCUGCAAGUGGACGAGAUCGAGGCGAUGGACCCAGUGCAUCGGUUGACAGAUCCAGAUAUAGCCCAAGCAACAUCUGACCGGUUCCAAGCCGAGCGAACCGCCCUUUUGACCAAAUUCCAACGGGCGCAUCACGACCUCAUUCGACGUGUUUGCACUCAACUGCAUCACCAGCAGUCCGCGGUGGAUCGAAUGGACCCUGUCACGGUUCGUCAACAGUUCCGUGUUGAAGUCCGCGACUUGAUCGGACUGCAACAACUUGAAGCAGACGCGUUAUGUGCGUCGCAGUUCAUGCAGUGGACCGUGCUAGGGCUUGGCGGGUUUGAUAUGCCUCGCCUCGUCCCAAUGUUUCCUGCCCCACGGCUCUUUGGGUAGUCUCUACGAGAGCUUGCGCAAACACGCUCCAGCGCGCUUUUUGCUGUGUAAAUUAACGAGAGGCCCACCGGUCCAACACCAAAAGGCACGACUUCAUCAAGUUGGUCUCUAUCGUUAUUGCGUGUAAAACCCGUUGUAAUCCAACCGGGUGCAUAAGUUGGACAAAUGCGAGUUGUACUAGAACAAUCUCAUGUCAUGUCAAC